CGUUCGCGCCUGUUCGGUAUUUCAACGUCGUUGUGUGGUCGGCAUUUUUCACUACUUCAUCAAGAUCGCAAGAGGAAGGAGGAAAAGUAAAAAUUUGCACCGAUUAAUUUAACAAAGUGCGGCAUCGGUGAAUUCAAAUUUUUAUCUCUAUUUAACUACAACUAAGUGAAAAACUAAGCAUCAAAUAUGUCUGACGAAAAGAAGGGAGAAACAGAGCACAUCAAUCUGAAAGUGUUGGGACAAGACAACGCCGUUGUUCAGUUUAAAAUCAAGAAACAUACACCUUUAAGAAAACUUAUGAAUGCAUAUUGCGACAGAGCGGGUCUAUCAAUGCAAGUAGUACGGUUUCGCUUUGAUGGUCAACCAAUAAAUGAAAAUGAUACACCAACAUCAUUGGAAAUGGAAGAAGGUGACACCAUUGAAGUGUACCAACAACAGACGGGAGGCCGAAAUUAAUUUUGAAAUUAACCAAGAAAAUCUAUAAUAAAAACAAAACUUAAAUAUUACAAACAAAA